AUGGAAGGUGGGGUUGACCAAUCAACUGCGUCGGCCAAAGAAGAUAACCACCCAGCGCAGGUUGAUAAGCCACGCUUGCCGAUAACCAGUACUAUCGUCGGCUCAGAAGCCGACAAAGAUAGGGAUCAUCUCAAAUUCACCCAGCUUACAUAUCUACAGCCCAGUUCAAAUGCUUCAAAGACCAACUCAGAGGAAUCAUCAAAGCCAAGAAGAUACAUGUCUUUAUACGAUCUGCUAGUCCUCAAUGGGCUCGUGGUAACGGACCAGGAAACAGGUCAAUUCGAUAUCGCCGUAAAAGAUGGGAAGAUUGCGAAAGUCGUUCCCCGAGAGACUUUGGGACAUGUAGAGUCUAAGAGAACGAUUGAUGCCAAGGGUGGAAUGGUUAUGGUUAGUUCGAUUGAUAGGGAUUAUUUGAAACAUUUCUGAUUAUACAAAUAGCCCGGAGGAGUUGAUGCACAUGUCCAUCUGUAAGUCAUGAAUGAACUCUUUCCUAAAUAUGAUAAGCGAAAGCAGCAUGUAACGUGUAACAGAGCUGAACCUGCACUAUUUGGGAAGGGAAAGAGUGCAGAUGAUUAUGAAACUGGUAAGUGGGCUGAGCCUUCAAUCAUCGCUAUUUCUUCAUCCAAACUUCGUGCCAAUUACAGAACUCCUGGACCGACGCAUGUAGAGAUGGGACGGUCUUCGUCCGAUUUUGACUUCUUGGGCCAAGAAUAUAUUGAAAAGCUUUCAAAAAGACGAACAUCGAACACGAGAACUGACGACGUACAGGUUCACGCUCAGCUAUAUGUAGAGGAACCACAACCCUCAUAACCUUUGCACCCCAACCCAAAUCUCAACCAUCCCUCCUCGCAGCCCUCGCCCAAACCCACGAUCUCGCUCGAGAUCAAUGCUAUACAGACUACUCCUUUCAUUUGAUCUGUUCCAACGCUGGACCUCUCGCAUUCUCGGAAUUCCCCGCCCUCCGUUCGGCUGGAAUCUCGUCACUAAAAAUCUAUAUGACCUACGAAGCCCUUCGACUACACGACUCGGAAAUCCUAGAUGUCCUAUACGAAGCGCGAAAAAACAAGAUCGUCACCAUGAUACACGCCGGAAACGGGAGCAUCAUCGAUUGGACGAUCAGGAAGCUAGAGGAGAAGAAGUUAUAUGACCCUAAGUAUCAUGUUACAAGUCAUCCUCCUGUUGCGGAGGUGGAAGCUACAUAUCGAGCGAUUUCGCUAAGUGAGUUUAUUGAUGUCCCUAUCUUAAUUGUGCAUGUUUCGUCGUCCACGGCUGCGAGGCAUAUUUCGAUGGCGCAGAAGAGGGGACUACCAAUUUAUGCAGACUUGUCCGCAAUAUCUUUUUCUUACAAGGGAAGAUCUGGAUAAACCAGGGUUCGAAGGUGCCAAAUGUGUUUGUUCACCACCGCCGCGUUCUCAAGCGGACCACCAAGCAAUUUGGUCAGGACUUGAAGAUGGAACUUUCACUAUUCUCAGUUCAGACCAUUGCCCGUUUCUUUUUGACGACACAGAAAUUGGGAAGAAGUCCGUCAUUAGUGAAGAGUAUCCGAAUGGCCACUUCAAAUAUAUACCAAAUGGCUGUUUUGGCGUGGAACCACGUCUCCCUAUAGCACUCUCGGCAAACCGACUGCCCUUGCAAAAGUUCGUAGAAGUAUCUUCUACAAACGCUGCAAAAUUGUAUGGUCUCUAUCCGAAAAAGGGAGCCUUGAUUCCAGGUGAAAGUGAUGCAGACAUUACGAUCUGGUAUCCGGAAUGGGAGAUGGGAGAGUUUGAGUUGAAGAAUGAGAUGCUUCAUCAUAAUGUGGAUUACACUCCAUAUGAAGGGAGGCCAAUAAAGCAAUGGCCUAGGUAUACUAUUUUGAGGGGAGAGAUAAUGUGGGAUAGAGACGGAGGCGGUGUAGUAGGCAAAAAGGGGGGGCAAGGAGAGUUUUUGAGGAGAGGCGUGAGUACAUUAAAGGGUAGUCUGAAGGCUGGGUGGAAUGUAGAAGACUUUUGA